AUGGCCGUAAGUGUAUCUUUUCAUCGUAAUGUACUUUUAUUAUCUCAAGUAAUUCAACCUAGUGACGAGUUCAAAAAACAUUUUCGUGAGGGUAUGUUUGACAAACCCAACACAACAGGCUUUUUACAUACUUCACAUUACUUACUAACAAUAUAUGAUUCAGAACAUUUUAAAAAAUUAAUUGAAUGGCCUGUCAUUUGCAAAAAAACUGAAGCUAAAUAUCGGAACAAUGUUAAAGACUAUUUAACAAUUAUAUCUAUGGAAAAUCCUGAUAUUGGUUUUCCAAAUAUUCUUAUGUCCCAUUUAAUUCAUGCAGGUGGAAGUAAAUUUACAAUCAUUAUGUGGAAAUUAUCUCAAGUAGUUUUAAGAAGAUAUAUUGUCCGUGAAACUACAUAUAAUGUUGCAUUUGCACCACAAGCAGGAAGUAAAGGAAAUUUAGCAAAAAAAUUUUUACAAAAGACCAAUACAAAAAUUGAUUCUAAUAUUUUAAAUGAAUACAAAAGUUUGUCAAAAGUAAAAAAUACAACUAAAUUUGUUUUGGAGAAAGAAAAAGAAACACUAAGUAAUAUUAUUGAAAAAAUAUUUGAGAAAGAGCAAUUAAUUACAAAUCUUACACAUACAGCACCUGUGCAUCCUUCAAUUAAAAAAUGUUUAAGAGACAUAAAUAAUGAAGAAGUAAUAAAAAUGUGGAAAAUGAAUAUAAAUAAGGGUAUAAAUCAAAUACAAAUAAAAAAUGCAAUUUUAAGAAAUAUAGAACAGCUUGCUUAUAAAGUGAAUAAUAUAGUAUUAAACAAUAAUAGUGACAUUAAAAUGUUAAAUGCAGAACAGUUACAAAAAAUAAAUCAUUUAAAGAUUUCAGAAUUAUUUCCUCCAAAUAUCCAAUGUCUUCUAUUUCAAUUGUAUAAGGAUGACAAAAUAAUAUUGAAUAAUUUAAUUUUAUUAUUUAAUUUUCUUUUCAUUCAAUUAGAACAACAAUUGAAAGUAGAUAUUUUAGAAGACUUUUCAGAAUGUUUGUUACAAAUAGAGGCUAAUACUAAAAAUAUAAAAACAGCAUUCAAUAUAAUACAAACAUAUCUAGUAGAUAUUACAAAAAUAAUAUCAGAAACACAAAAUAAUUUGUGUCAAAAAAAUAUAAUACAAAUUCAUGACGAUGCUGUAUUUCCCAUGAGUAAUAUGCUUAUGUUAUCACCUCUUAUAAAAAUUAAUAUGAACUAUAAUGAUGAAGAAAGCGAUCUUCAAAAACGAUUACAAUUAACGCCAGUAGAAGCUACACAUAAGUCAUUGUUUUCAAGAUACGAACGUUUAAAACAAAAUCACACAUCACAUGAAACAAAACUAAGAGAAAAUUUAUUAGUAUCACGAAUCAAUUUUGAUGAUACAAUUGGAAGUAUAAAUGAUGGAAAACAAUUUUUACAUAUGGAUAUGGUGGCAUCCAGAAAGUAUUUAUUAUCUUUCAAACAAGCAGAAAAAUAUUCACGGCUAUUUUCUUCCCGUAUAAAAAGAAAUAAUAGAGCAGCAAAUUCAAGCAUGGUAUCUUUACCGUGUUCUUCAAAAGCACAUUCAACUGUACUUGCAAAUGCAACUGAAAAAAUGCACGAUAUAUCAGAACUUAAUUUAGAUAUUUCAACAAAAAGUCUCUGUAACUUAAGUGCAGAAUUUACUACUCCAAAAAAUUUAAUUAUCGAACAAGAUAAAUCUGAAAAUAUAUCAAAAAUAGAAGAUAUAAUGAAUGACUUUACAAAUAAAGCUGAUGUACUCAACAUAUGCGAAAUAGAUGUAGAAAUUAAAAAUAAUAUUGAUAAUAAUAUCAUUGAAACUAAACAAGCUAAACAAAACAGACGUUCAAUUGGAGAUUUAGUUGAACGUUAUAAAAAAUUACUUGAAGCGAGUAAUCGUACACCAAGUCCUAAAAUCAGAUAUGUAAGGUGUAAAAAUAAAUAG